AUGGGCCGAUUCUACAAUCCGUUCAGUCAUCGCCGGUCAACAGUUGCAGAUGCAGAAGCCACACCCAGGCCCACUACAGAGGAGCCAUCGUCAGACGAACAUGCAGCGACGAAACGAAGCCGUCACCCAGCCCACGCCUCCAUCGGCACAAUUCCAGACAGACCCGAUGACAUACGAGAUUAUGUACGCGGUGUCAGCGCCUACAUCCACUGGCUCCAGAGCCUCACCGAACACGAGCGAUCGAACGUCACCCGAGUUACGGAGAUCAAGCGCGAAUUGAAGAUUGCGCACCGAAACCUAGAGAAACUCGAUGUCGAUAUGUACUGCGAACUUGGAGAUGAGAUUGAGACACUGGUCAAAGAUGCUAUGAGACAUGCUUGGCGGUCGUAUAGGAGCGUAGUGAAGUUUGAAGAAAAACUGAGAGGCCCACAGAGCUGCGGCGAUGCCGGCGUCAAGUUGUGUAGGAUAUCAGAACCGCAGAAUCAAAGGAAUACAUCGACAGAUAAUAGAAAAGUCGAAGGCUACGUACGCAGCUGUACGAUGGAAGAGAAACAAGCGUUCCAUGACGCCCUUGACAUGCGACAGCAACCUGCUGAAAUAUUCCAUGACGAAGAUACGUACCUCAUGUCCGGCGCUCUUCCAAUCGAGGAUAGACCUCCGCAGGUCCAAGUUCAGAGAGUAGGGCGAGCCAAUGCUUUUGAGGCGCUGAGGCAGUUACCGCACCUCUUCACUCACGGAGCGCCAUCGCAAUGCUCAGAAAGCCUCCACCUACCUGCGACGCAUCCUGAAAAGAUCCCGCAACCGAGAGACGAAGUCAAGAUGCGGCUACAACAAGAGGAAGCCAAUAUGGAUCCCAUCUUGCGCGACCCCCACAAAGUGCGACGAGGCAGCUGCAACGGCUUCAUGAUCACCGAGAUGACAAUGCAUGCGAUUGAGGAUGCUCGCUUCGUGUUGCCAUACCUGCACUACAUGAAGCUUCAUGAGCUGCGGGCCAUCAAGGAGUGGCUGGGCAAUGCGGGUUUUAUCGUGAGCCCUGGCUCUAUGAGCCGUAUGGAGAAAGCUCUCCUCUGCAUACAGCUCCUGCAAACUGGCUGUCGAUAUGAAGCAUUGGCCGUGAUCCAUUCGCGUUCGCCGCAUGAGGUCAGGGGAUCGUGCAUCGAAGUUAUGCGAGCUUUGUUGAAGUGGCAUCGAAUGACGGUCGAUGAUGACGACAUAGGAUAUCAAGCCGAGUACAUUGUUCUUUGGGGCAGUUGGCAUAAGUACACCGUGUCUGAUGGAAAGGCAGCCCAGUACUUUGGUUUCGAUUGGACACAUGUUGCUAAAGUUCUCGUCGCACUCAACGUUUACAUGGGCCGCUGGCGCAUGCAGGGCAAGUUUGCCAUGGACGGUCCGGCAUUCGCAUGGGGCAAGUUCUUCGUGCCGAACGGCGGCGACCACAUCCUAGGUAUGAGCGAUGGAGACCAAGGAGAGCGUAAUGACGCCGAGACGAGUUCUUUUUAUGCUGUGGCUCGACGGGGUAGGCUGAGAGAAAGCACAGACAAGCGAAAGGCUCUUUUUGGCACGGUCAAACGGCUUUUUCCCUUUAGGUCGCAACACGGCAAUCCGGCUCGUAAAGAGUGGCGCAAAAUCCGACGAUGGUGGGCCACGAUGGUUGCGGAGCGGGUGUCAAGAUGCGCGCAUCCAUUAAGCGUACAGGAUUUCAUCUCCACAUCGUAUCGCUAUCGCAGCGGUAUCUCAAUGCUCGGCGGCACCAGUGGCGUACAGAGCAGGUCGUCGCUUCAGGGAUCGCAGUGCAGAGUGCCUGGUGUUUCACAAUUCCUUGGCUCCCGGCCUGGCGCAAAGCCACCCGCGUUCUGCAGGCGAGACACGAUCAUGGGAGGUCGCACAAGCGGCGUGGGCACAUUGUUUGCGGCCCUUGAGGCGACUGACGGCAGUUGA